CUACAAAAAAAAGGAAGUGUGAAAUUUCAUCAACAAAUGAUAAAAAUAAUAACAACCAAGCAACAUUAUCAACUUUGAUUAGUUCAUUGCCUGAAAAUAAAAGAAAUGCACAAAAUACAACUUCUCAUGCGACUGUCAGCUUACCACAUGGUAUUGACGCACAAUUCAUAAAUUAUUUUGUAAUAUCAUCUACUGUUGGAAGAAAUGUAAAUGCACCAAAUUUAGCCAAACAAUCGCAUGCUUCGUCAUCAUCAAAUAUCAUUUCCGCUUCAAACGCAAAUGCUCAACGUGUUGGAAAUACUUCACAAUAUGCUUCUAAUAUAGAUAGAAUUGGUGCUAUUAAUCAAAUGAAGAUUAGUAAAUAUGAUCUUGUCUUCAUAAAAAUUGUUUUACCAAAGUUGGAUGACAUUUCAACAGCUCCACACCAAUUAUUAGCAUUGCAUCAAGAUUGUAGUUUUUAUCUUUCAUAUAGAAUGAAUGAUGUUCUUGCCAAGCCAUUUAGCAAAUCGAUGUUUCUUAAGAUGUUAGAAAAUUAUUGUUCACAUCUUGUCAUGCCAAAAUUCCAGAGUAUUCCAAGACUAUUUGGUGUCUCUGAUAUAUCAAAAUCAGCUUCUAAUAGUGACAUGUUUUCUUACUUUUCAGAUAUAUCGGUUAUGAACAAUCUAGCUAAUGCAUCUUCAGGUACUAGUUCUUUUAUAUCUACUAUUAAUAUACUAAACAUACCAACAUCAACUCAAAGUGGACAGAUAUCUAUAACAAAUUUUGCCAAUAUUACAGAGGACGAUAAUAAUCCUCCACCAUGA